AUGAAAAUGCAGAACAUAUUUUUGUGGUCCAAGGUGUGUAUCAUUGGCACGGAUGCCAACCCGUUGACUCGACAGCUGAACUGGAUUGGCUCUUCUAUCCUUGAUGAUUGCGAGCAGGAGAAAGAGAGGUUGCGUAUUCACCUAAAGAACCUGGAGGUCAAGCUCACAAAGCAACAACAGCUUAUCCAGCGCUUGACAAAACUCAAUGAGAGGCCACAGUUUCCCGUAAACGCAGAACAGUUCUUUGACCUGGGAGACAAGCAGUACACUGAUUGUGCUCAGAUUUAUACCAGUGGAAACAAGCAAAGUGGGUUUUACAUGAUCAAACCCUUGGGGAGCCCGUCCCAGAUCAGAGUGUACUGUGACAUGACAGAGGGUGGAGGGUGGACAGUUUUCCAGAGGCGCUCUGAUGGCAGCCAGUCUUUUGAUCGAAACUGGAGUGAUUACAAACAGGGAUUUGGUGACAUGGAAUCUGCAAGUGGUGAAUUCUGGUUAGGCAAUGAUAACCUGCACUACUUGACAUCUCAAGGAGAUUACAGUCUUCGAAUUGCCUUGGAAGACUUUGAAGGCCAUCAGCGCUACGCGGUGUACAAAAAAUUCAAAGUAGACAAUGAAGAGAACCAGUACCAGUUGCAGUUUGGAGAAUACUCGGGUAACGCUGGAGACUCUCUCUCAGGCACAUACCAUCCUGAGGUCCAGUGGUGGGCCAGUCACCAGGGCAUGAAAUUCAGCACAUCUGAUAGAGACAAUGACCGCUACGAACGGAACUGUGCCAAGGAGGACAAAUCAGGCUGGUGGUUCAACAGGUGUCACUCUGCCAAUCUGAAUGGGCUAUACUACAAAGGUCCGUACAGUGCUGUGACCGAUGACGGAGUUGUGUGGUACACUUGGCAUGGCUGGUGGUAUUCUCUCAAAUCUGUGGUCAUGAAGAUCAGGCCGGCAGACUUUGAGCCAAAUGAAGUGUAA